UGUAACACGUGUUUCAUAAGAAAAAGAAUGAAGCGGAAUUGUUUCCACCAAUCAGAGCAGAGGAGGGCGGGGCCAGACGGCGGUAUUUAUGUGUGGAGCGAGUUGUUGCGUGACUCAUCGCCGCCCAGAUUCUCUUCAUUCCGAGAAGCAGCUCCUCCAGACCGACUCGUUAGGACCCACGUUUCUCCCCCACAGCCGGACAGGAUUGAGAUGUUACAUUUUAGGUUCUCCACAGUCCUGAAGGAGUGUUUUCAAGCCACCGUGAAGCGUCCCUUCCCCUGCCGCACCCAGGAGAGCUGGUACCCGGCGCCCCGGCACCACCGCUGCCUCGGUUCUGUUCCCAGUGAUGCUGCUGCCGCCGCUGCUGCCGCGCCGCGCCGCACCGCGCCGUGCGCCGCACCGCGCCGCUCCUACUGCGUGAAAACAGAAGGCGCAUCCACCGUGGAGCUGGACGAACACCUGAAGAAGGAUGGGGCCGAAGGAGACAAAAGGAGGAAUCCAGGAAUCCUGCCCAGUUUGGAGGAUCUGCUCUUCUACACGGUCGCUGAAGGUCAAGAGAAGAUUCCAGCUCACAAGUUCCUCACAGCGCUGAAGGCCACUGGGCUUCGGAGCGGAGACCCCCGCCUGAAGGAGUGCAUGGAGAUACUGAAGGAGACGCUGAAGAAGACUCCAGACGGCGUGACGCUGGACCGCCACCUGUUCAAGAAGUGUGUCCAGAGCAACAUUGUCCUGCUCACUCAGGCCUUCCGCAAGAAGUUCGUCAUCCCCGACUUCCAGUCCUUCACCUCCCAUAUUGACCAGCUUUAUGAGAAAGCCAAAAACCUCUCUGGAGGGCAGGUAGCAGAUUACAUUCCUCAGCUUGCCAAGUUCAGCCCGGACCUGUGGGCCGUCUCGCUCUGCACCGUCGAUGGACAGAGGCACACGGUGGGCGACACUAAGGUCCCUUUCUGCCUGCAGUCCUGUGUGAAGCCUCUGAAGUACGCCGUGGCGGUUCAUGACCACGGCACUGAGUAUGUCCACAGCUUCAUCGGGAAGGAGCCCAGCGGCCUGCGCUUCAACAAACUCUUCCUGAACGAAGACGAUAAGCCCCACAACCCCAUGGUGAACGCCGGAGCCAUCGUUUGCACGUCGCUCAUUCAGCAAACUGCCAGCAACGCAGAGAAAUUUGACUAUGUCAUGUCCUUUCUGAAAAAGAUGGCAGGAAACGAGUAUGUCGGGUUCAGCAACGCCACAUUCCAGUCGGAGCGCGAGUCUGGAGACAGAAACUUCGCCAUCGGAUAUUACCUGAAGGAGAAGAAGUGUUUCCCUGAAGGAACCGACAUGACGUCUGUCCUGGACCUUUACUUCCAGCUGUGCGCCAUCGAGGUGACCUGUGAGAGCGCCAGCGUCAUGGCCGCCACGCUGGCCAACGGCGGCAUCUGUCCCAUCACGGGUGAGCGCGUGCUGAGCCCCGAGGCGGUGAGGAACACGCUGAGCCUGAUGCACUCCUGCGGGAUGUAUGACUUCUCGGGACAGUUCGCCUUCCAUGUCGGACUGCCGUCCAAGUCCGGGGUGGCCGGAGGAAUCCUUCUGGUCGUUCCCAACGUGAUGGGAAUCAUGUGCUGGUCGCCGCCGCUGGACAAACUGGGAAACUCGGUCCGAGGAAUUCAGUUCUGCACGGAUCUGGUCGAACUUUUCAACUUCCACAACUACGACAACCUGAGGCACUUCGCCAAGAAGCACGACCCCCGCAGAGAGGGAGGCGACCAGAGGCAGCACAUCUUCGGACCGAUGGAUUACGAGAGCCUGCAGCAGGAGCUGGCUCUGAAAGCGCCGCUCUGGAAAAAAGUGUCUCCCACAGAGACGGACCAGGACAGCUCCACCACUGUAGUCUAUAGGAUGGACAAAGUCGCCGAGUGACCCCUGACCUCCACCGCCUGCUUCACCCCAUAUUUAUAUUUAUAAAGCAUGUAGACCACUAUUUAUUGCUUGUGAAGCGGUUGCUAUGGGGACGAGCCGGGAAGCUCUUAUUACUAUUUCAUUUGGUUCAUAUUUUCUCUGAAUCUCUGAGAUCCAACAAUCAGCUUCAUCUCACUCCAGAUUCUGCAGAACCGCACGGGUUUUCUGGGUUUCUCUGUCAACAGGAGGCUCCGCCUCCAAGGGGCGGGGCAAAGAAGCAAGCAGCCAAUGAGCACAGAGAACUCGUUUAUGUUCAGAUAUGCAGAAAUAUUUUAGUUUUAGAUGAUAUUUGCACAACAAUGUAAGUGUUAUAUGCUGAUGCGGUCUGCAUGGAGGCUCAGUUAUUGUUGGAAAGGCUUUUAAUUUCUGAAAACUGACAGUUUGUACGAAGAUUUAGAAAAAUAAGCUCUGAUCUUGUUUAGAAAAGUUUGAAAAUUGUUGGAUUUUACAGAAAAGUCCAAUUUUAAAGCUAUGAAAUUUACCUAGUUGUGAUAUUUAAGUAAAUUAUCCAUAAAACUUUGACGUAUUAAUGACCAGCUGCUGUUAAUUCUUUCCUCCUGCAGUAGAUCCUGAACCUCCAGUCGAUUUCUCUGCUUUUAUUUUAAUCAAUUUAAAGUCAAAUGUAAAUUAUCUCCGUUUUAAUCAUGAACAUUUUAUCGUGUGAUUUUGAUGCGUUGGACCGACACCGUGACUGACCAUGAUUUUAGUGAGCAAAAGUAUUUUCCAAGAGCUUAAUUUGAUCUCUUUAAGCCAACUGAGCAGCAGUGCACAGCCUCUUUUCACUGCUGGAAGAGUUUAGUUUUAUUUUGAGUCGUUACUUUCAGAAACCAACGCAGCAGAGAAAUGAAAACAUUUUUGUUGCUUGCACUGGAUUUUAUUUAGUGACAUCAGAGUAAAUUGGGCUGAAUGCAGAUAGAUGCCCGCCACACUUUCCAGAAAGAAAAAAACAAUAAUAAUCAUGCAGUGUUUGUUUCUAAGGUGCAGUUUAUCAAAAAUGUUCCGUUGUCAUCAACCCUCAGUCAGUCGUUGCCGAGACUCCGGCCGCUCCGGGUUUUCCUUCCCGCUCCGGGUUUUCCUUUUUGCUCCGGGUUUUCCUUCCCGCUCCGGGUUUUCCUUCCCGCUCCAGGUUUUCCUUUUUGCUCCGGGUUUUCCUUCCCGCUCCGGGUUUUCCUUUUUGCUCCAGGUUAGCUCUGAGUUUUUCUUGGCUGCUUUCCGAAUCCCACAGGUUUACAGAAAAUCUGCAGAGGUUUUGCUGCUUUAUCAAUAAUAACUGGCAGAAACGAGGUUUUAAAGUUUCAUAGGAAACUCUGCGAUAAAGUCCCGGUCCGGUCUGAUCCGGUUUGGGUUUGUUUGAUUUCCUUCCAGUCUUUCAGAGUUUUUCCAGGCCACGGUCGUCUUCAUGCAGGUUGCUUUGGCGUCGUACAUCAUUCACACAAAAGUCUCAUUUAAAUAGCAGCAUGAACCACAACGCAGAAAAAAAUCGGAUUUUAUUAAAAAAAUCAUAAUUGAGAAUCAAAACCUGUUUGAACAUGAAGAUCCUCAGAAAGAUGGAAGGAAAGUCCGACUAAACCUGGUCUGGAUGAAGAGUUUUGCACAAUGCUGUACUCCUCUUUAUGUCCCAUGAUCCUCCACUAGGGUCAGAGGUCAACUAAAUGAUCAGAAAGGAAAACAAGCUGAAAUCUGUUCAUUGUAUCACCUUUCUGUAAAUUAUCAGUGGAUCUGAUUCUUCUUCAUGGCUGUUGGUGAGACGAAGGCAGCAGCGUUUUAUUCCAGGUUCUGGUGCUGGUCUCUGUCUCGGUUCUGGUGCUGGUGCUGGUCUCUGUCUCGGUUCUGGUGCUGGUCUCUGUCUCGGUUCUGCAGUCUGUUUUCAGUAUUACUGAUCCGUUCUGCUGGAUGCUCAGAGCAGCAGCUGUAUUCUUUUGUUGUGUUGGAUGGAAACUUUGGCCGGUUGCUGUCGCCCCCUGCAGGAACCUAAAGGCGUUGCGGGUGAAAGCCUUUAAUGGUGGCUGCACCAGUUGGUGCUGGAGCCGUUCAACUGGUUUUAGGAUGGAGUUGAGUUCAGACAGAGACGCUGCUGGAGCAAAAAAUCUGAUUUAUGAAAACGUUUUUUACUUUGUCACAUUUCUUCUUUUUCUUUUUGUUUUUUAUUUCUCUGUAGAUAAAGAUUCAAAAGCCUCGACUGCUUUAAGGCCCCUGAGAGACGAUUUGAAGCUAAAUCAGGUUACAGCUUGAUUUCACUGUAAAUAGGCAAAACAUUUUUUUAAAAAUGAAGCACAGAGUUAAAUUGCAGAGUUGUAACUCGCAGUAUCAUUGGCGUAGAAGUGAAUUUUAAGUCUCUUUAGGAAGGAAGAAACUGGUCUGAGGUGGAUCCCUGAGGAAAAAAUCAUUUGUUGACUCAGCUUUUUAAAAAAUUUUUAGAGGAAUUAAUUUUUCUACUCUGCAGGAUGCGCUCCAUUAAAAUCCUUGGGCUCAUAAAAAGUUAAAUCUGUAACACUUUAACCCGGUUUGUUUUUCUGAAAAGGACUUUUCCCUCCAGUCUGAUUCAUGAAUCGUCUCACCGUGUGAGCUUAACGCCGGCGGAGCUUUUGAAUCUGUUACUGAUUGUUCUCAUGAAAAUCAUCCGGUUUUGUUUUCUGCUCGUCAUUUUUUUUUUUUUUUUUUAUUCUCAUCUUGCAUUCUGAGUUUUGUACAGACUGUUAAAUGUUUUUAUUUUCUCCAUUCUUAUGUCGAUUCUCAUGCUGAACCUUUUAUUUCUUUAUGAAAUGGUCACUACAGAUGCAACUUGGAUGAAUGAAGAUCAUUUCUGCUUCUGUCUGACUUGGAACUGUGAGGUUUCUGGACUCAAACCAAAGAUUUCAUGUUUAAUUGUGUUUCAGGUUUUAAAUGUAGGAAUGAAACCUUACAUUUCCAAGUCUUUAUGUGUAUGAAGUCUCCAUGAUCUGUCCUGUCAGCUGAUUGGAGCAGACAUGACAUCUACAUUGUUCAUUUGAUUUUUCUUGUUUUGCCAUUUUUGUCUCAUGUAUUAAAUAAAAUAAAGCUCUUAUCUAUCA